AGGCCUUUGAUCUUACUGGGUGAACCUGGCCAGACUUCUGCGUUCAGUGCCACCUGGAGGUUGGCUGUAGGACUCAGGUGGCUUGCUCAGGCUGGGGUCAAGGACACAGUGAGCAGGAGGACAAUUGGUGUUGGCAGCAUGAAGCUGAAUUUCCGUGGUCUGAGGGCCCUGGUGACAGGGGCAGGGAGAGGGAUUGGACGGGGCACUGUGAAGGCCCUGCAUGCCUCAGGAGCCAAAGUGGUGGCCGUGACACUUAACAACGCAGACCUGGUCAGCCUCGCCAAAGAGUGUCCGGGGAUAGAGCCUGUGUGCGUGGACCUGGGUGACUGGGAGGCCACAGAGAAGGCACUGGGCGGUAUUGGCCCCGUGGACCUGCUGGUGAACAAUGCAGCGGUGGCUCUGGUGCAGCCUUUCCUGGAGGCCACCAAGGAGGCCUUUGACAGGUCCUUCAAUGUGAAUCUUCGCUCUGUGUUGCAAGUAUCCCAGAUGGUAGCCAAGGGCAUGAUUGACCGCGGAGUGGCAGGGUCCAUUGUCAAUGUCUCCAGCAUGGUGGCCUAUGUCACCUUCCCUGGCCUGACCAACUACUGCUCCACCAAGGGCGCAAUGACUAUGCUGACCAAAGCCAUGGCCAGGGAACUGGGGCCACACAAGAUCCGGGUAAACUCUGUAAACCCUACUGUGGUGCUGACUGAUAUGGGCAAGAAAGUCACUGCAGAUGCUGAGUUUGCCAGGAAGCUCAAGGAGCGCCACCCACUGAGGAAGUUCGCAGAGGUGGAGGACGUUGUCAACAGUAUCCUCUUCCUGCUCAGCGACAGCAGUGCCUCUACCAGUGGCUCUGGCAUCCUGGUGGACGCUGGUUACCUGGCCUCCUAGACUGCCCAGAUGUGGUGGACCCCUGGAAGUCUUCCUGGCCCCACCCUCACAUCAAGACCCUGCCCCAGCCCAGCAGUUCUACUUCCAUCCUGUGGACCCAACCCCUGUCCAUCCCCAACUUUAGACUCCAGGAUCUCUCCUUUCCAUACCAGCUGGGCUGGGCUAAUUUGCCUAAAUAAAUAACCACAGUAUUCCAAA